AUGAGUACCAAGAUUGAGAAUCAUGAAUAUGAUUCUAGUUCCUCUUUAAAUUCUUUGUUGUUGGCAUCUGAUCCCAUUUACCUUGCAGUGUUAAAUGCUGCUAUUGAGUUGAACUUGUUUGAGAUAAUUGGUAAGGGAAACCCCAAAGGCAUGUCCCCCUCUGAAAUUGCUUCCAAGCUCGAAAAUCCAUAUGCGGGCAUGGCUCGUCGGCUUGACCGAAUGUUGUUUUUGCUUUCUAAUUAUUCUCUCUUGACUUGUUCUUCCAACAAACUUAAUGAGAGGUUUUAUGCUCUAUCUCCUAGCGGUAAAUACUUAAUCCCCGAUGAAGAUGAAACCUCCAGCAUUGUAUUCUUCAAAUUAUGUAAUCAUCCCGCCUACGUAAAAAUUUGGAAAAACUUCAAGCAAGUGAUUCUUGAUGAGGAAGAGGACCUGUUCAAGAAAGUUCAUGGGAUGCCUGUGUAUGAAUAUAUGGAAAUGGACCCAACAUUCAAAACUGCUUUUCACAGGGCAAUGGCUGAUUUGUCAACCAUGAUGAUGAAGUAUGUACUUGCGACUUACAAAGGAUUUGAGGGAAUAUCAACACUUGUUGAUGUGGGUAAUGGCAUUGGCCAAAGCCUCAAAAUGAUCAUUUCCAAGUAUCCUUCAAUUCAGGGCAUUAACCUUGACUUGCCACAAGUGAUACAACAUGCAUUAUCCUGUCCAGCUUCCUGA